AUGCACGAAGUUCGCAAAUUCACGACCAAAUACGCGGAUACUCAGUUCGACUGGAUUGUCAUGAGUCCGGGUAUCAUGACACUGAAUGGCCGAACGGAGACACCCGAGGGUCUUGACGUCAAGAUGGCGACUCACUACUACGGCAGAUUCAUGUUGGUCCAUGACUUGCUGAAGGGGUUUAACCGCCUCGGUGCGCGUGCUCUCAACAUUUUUGCUGCUGGCCACGGCGGUGCAAUUGACGUGAAUGACCUUGACCUGAAGCACACGUAUUCUGGUAAACGUUGCGCUGAUGCUACGACGCAGUAUUCAGACCUAAUGGCUCAGGCGUUCUCAGAGCAUGCUCCAAAGGCUUCUUUCAUGCACGCAAUGCCUGGAUUCGUGAAUACUGGUUUGUCCAAGGGAUUGCCGUGGUUUUUACACGUCCCAGUGAGUGGGCUGUCCACUUUGUUUGGUCGCUCACCUGAGGCAUGUGGCAAGAUCAUGGUGUCGGCGCUUCUGAAUGACGACUAUGCAACUGGCUGGAGGCUUCUCGACUACAAUGGGAAGGUGGCGUUCACGACCAAGUACCACACGGAAGAGGCGAAGAACGUGGUUUGGAAACACACCGUCAAUACCAUCGACGAUAUCAUGAAGCAGUAG